AUGUCUGGCAAAGCACAAGACAAAACUCUUGACGCAAUUUGUGUGCUCACCUUUAAAGGAAGGAUUUGUAUUCCUAGAGUAGGUGACUUGAUUCACAAGUUAUUGAAAGAAUCCCUUGAUUCACGGAAUGAAGAUAUAUCGGAGUUUAUGGCUAAGUGCCACAAUUGCCAACAAGUGAAAUAUGAUCCUCAAAUGCCGUCAGGUUUGCUUCAGAGAAUGCCAAUUCUAGAAUGGAAGUUGGAAAUCAUAGAUACGGAUUUUGUGGUUGGUAUUCCCAAGACUGUGGGAAAGUUUGAUUCUAUAUGGUUAGUUGUUGACAGAUUGAUUAAGUCAGUGAAUUUUAUUCCUGUUAGAAUAGAUUAUAAUGCUCAACAAUUGGCUAAGGUUUAUGUGAAUAUAAAGUGA